AUGAAGUUCUCAUCGGUCGUUUUCGCUUUGUUUGCUCUGGCUUCUACCGGCCUGGCAGACAAGACAUGCACCCCUAGCUUCGAUUACUGCUCUGACGUCCUGCUCAAGUCGAAAGGUUUCACGGAAGCUGAUCUCGAGGCUGUAAUCAAUGGAACUGAUCUUCAGGAUACACCGGUCCAGAACGUUCUAUACCAUUGCACAAACCCUGGUCAAAUUGGCCAUCCUAAGCUGUGCAGUAGUGGUUGCAAGGAUCCUGCGACAGAGGGAAGUCACGGUUGCGAUGCGUAG